GAGACAUGUGACAGGGACGAGACAAUUGAGGAUUCAGAUUUGCAUCGAUGAAUUGUUUGAAAGAAAAACACAAGCAAAAAUUCAAAAUUAUCUAUUUUAAAGAUUUUAAAAAUGUGAUAAGAUCGCGACGAUUUCCGAAUUUUAUAAUGUUGCACACUGCCUGAGCAAUUUAAACCAUUGAUUUCUAUUGAGGUAUACUCUAAGAAUGGAGUCCACAGAUGAAUCUCAGUCUUCCAGCGAACUGCCAGUAUCACAAUUUGUUGAUGGAUUCCAGAUCCCUUUUAUGUUCCCGACAGAAGAAUUCCGUUCGGCUAAGCAGUACAAGCCACUGCCUGGUGAUUUGUUCAUAGUGACCUAUCCGAAAUGUGGGACGACUUGGGCCCAGCAGAUUCUUUUGCUCAUCUUUAGACAGGGAAAGCCCCUCGAAUCACCAAAGGAGUUUUUUCUGGCGACUCCUUUCAUGGAUGUGAGAGGAGCAAAAUCGGCUGAGAACAUGCCACGUCCUAACGCCAUCAAAACACAUCUACCAAUUCAUCUGGUUCCCUGGUCUGAGCAAGCCAAGUACAUCUACAUCGCCAGGAACCCUAAAGAUUGCUGCGUCUCCUACUUCCACCACACGAGGAGCAUCCCAAAACACGGCUUCAGAGGUAGCUUUGAUGAAUAUUUCGAAUUGUUCUUAGCCGGUAACGUUGAUUAUGGAGACUACUUUGAUCACUUAAUGGGCUGGUAUGAGCGCAGAAAUGAUCCAAACGUACUAUUUAUGACAUACGAGGAAAUCCAAGAGGGUACUGAAGCCUCCAUUCUGAAAAUGGCGUCUUUCGUUGAUGACGAAAAGUAUGCUGAACCUUUAAGAAAAGACCGCCAGUUAUUAAACAAUGUCCUGAAAUUCAGCAGUUUUCAGUACAUGAAAGAAGCUGCCCAGAAACGAAUUGAAGCCGUCGGUUCAAUGACGGACGACGAGAUACAAAACUCGGAUCUUCCGGAAGGAGAGAAGAGGAGGUAUUUUAGAAUCCGCCAACAGGUUGCGGAAAGGAAAGAACGGAAUCCUCAUACCAUGGAUAACAUUCGUAAAGGAAUCGUCGGAGACUGGAGAAAUUACUUCUCCGAAGACCAGAGUAGAAGAAUGGAUGAAAAAUUUGGUGAAAGAACGAAAGGAACAGAGCUCGGAAAUCUAUGGAAAAAAUAUAUGUGAUACUGUUUAUUAAAUUACUAGCCGCCUUUGGCGACCAGCUGGUUCGCCAGUCUUAAUGCUUGUUAAAUGUUCGAUUAAA